AUGAGGUUUAUCUCCGUCUCAGUCGCUAUUGUCCUCUCGCUCGUUACUUUUGUAGCAGCAUCCCCUGCUGCUGCUCCUGCUCCCGCUGAGAUCGUCAAGAGUCAUCCUCCGGUCCUGAUGUUGACGCUCGACUUGCACACUUAUUCCCCUCGUUUCCACUGGCGACCAAAACGACGCCGAAAAUACAUGGGUGGCCAUGAGUCUGUUGACACUCAGUCGGACGUCACAGGACCUCGACCGAGAAAUUCUUAUCUGGACCAAGCUCCAAGUUCCCAAAGACCUGGAACUGGAUAUCGAAUGGGCUGGAUUGUUUCUGCCACUGAUUCGGGCCCCUGGACACGAGGGGUCUGGAUGGGCAAGGUUUCAGAACUCGGACACAAUUCUUCUGAAUGGAAGAGAACCUUGGACCAGAGAGAAUUCAUAGCCUCGCCUUCCGCUCAGGUCUAUCAUGAGAAUCUCAAGAGUAGAGGGAUAGUGGAUGUGUCCUCUCAUGAGACAUUUUCUCGCAGAUUCGAGUACCUCGACGCUCUACUGAAAUCAUACGUCCAAUUAUUCUGUAUUUACUUUCCGGCACCUGUGACUGAAACCCAGAAGGCCCAAAUUUUGAAGAUAAAACCCAUUCGUGGACCAGCCGUGUUGAAAAAUCUUACGAAUGAUCCUAACGCGAGUCGUGAAAAUCAUGUUCCUGCAAAGAUGUGGGCCACCCACACAGAAUCUGUGGAUGGCCAGGAAGCUCAGUUGAUGCUGUGGCCACAUUUCUGGCGGAAUGCAGAACUGGCCGAGAUUCGGCACCUUGGGAAAUAUACCAGGUCUGGUAAUCGCAUUAUCGGUGCCAGAACCCUACAGGAGAGGUUCUGUGACCAUCUAGAAGAAGUAGGACCCAUAAGCUGGAGGGAAGAGUUUGUAGAUUUCAAGCCUAUCAACGAUGUUUAA